AUGAUAUCAGAUGAUAUAUAUUGGGUACCUUAAGGAGUCAAAAUUAAUUGCACAAUUGAUGAUUUAAUUAAGCCCGAAAUACAAAGUAUAACUACGUUCAUAUUUAAUUUUAAUCAAAUAACAUAGAAAGUUGACGAAAAGAAACAGAAAAAUAUAGAAGAUGAAAUUUUGGAAUUAUUAGGGAUAACUGAAGAAGAUCUCUUAUUAGAAUCUGCACUUUAAACAUAUGACCACAAAUUGUAUAUUGAGGAAUUGAUAUAAGAAGCAUUACAAGAUAAGCAAUAAUAAAUUCAAAAUUAAACUUAAUAACAAUCUAAUUCUUUAAAUAGUUCAUUUAAAACACUUUAUGAACGAUAAUAUUUAUCUUAUGUAGAAAGCACAUUUAAUUUUGAAGAAGAAAUUAAUUUUAAGACUCCAGAUUUAGCAACAUUAAAAAUAUUAUUAUAACAAUAUUGUAAUGAUAAGGAGGACUUAGAAGAUUUAGAAUAAUAUUUUAAUAAUAAUCAAUAAGGUAAAAUAAUUCAUAAAUUUACAUAAUUAAGAGGGUAAGCAAAAUAGUUGAUUUUCAAUUAUAUAGAUUUGUAACAAAAAGACAAUUAAUUCAUUGAUCUAUUAUCUAAAAAGUUAAAAGAGCUAUCAUUAAUAAAUCCAGUUAAGACAGAACAUUUGCUUGAUUAUUUUAAUAAGGAUUAAUUGAGAAAUAUUUUAGAUAAAUAGAUUCCAAUAGUGAGAUUAAAAAUAUUAUAAAAUUUACAAAAAGAUGAUAAAUUGAUGAUUGAAUAUUUUGAAUUAAUUUGCUAAUUACAUCCUGAUUAAGUAAUGACAGAACUUUAGAAAGGAGGUUAUCCUUAAGAUGAAUGUUUAAAAUUAUGUAGAUUUUAUGGUAAUUUAAAAGGAUUGGCUUAUUUAUUGGAGAGAAGUGGAUCAGUUCUGGAAGCUAUUAAUUUACAAUUUGAUGUAAUAAUAAUAAUAAUUAUAUGUAGUUAUUUAUUUAAGGAUUAAAAUAAUAAAUGCAAAAGAAUUCAUAAUUAUUAGAAGGACAGAAAGAUUUAUAUGCUUAUAUUUAAGAGAAUUUAGAACCUACAUUAAAUAUAUGUAGAACAAAUACAAAAAGAAACGAUGAUGAAAGUGAUGUAGAAUAAUUAACAAUAUAAACAAUAGAAUAAUUGGUUUUAAGUUUUAAUUAGAUUGACAAAGUUAAGAUAAGAGUUUUACAAAAUUAGAUUUUUACCUGUUUUAAGAUGUUUUAAUUUACAUUUUACAAGAUUACUAGAGGAGGUUUUGGAGAAAACAAAAAUAAAAAGCUUACUUGAAGUAAUGUAUAAUAAAUUUAUUUAUUGUAGAAUUUAAAUGAAACAAUGAAAUAUUUUGAGUUUCAAGAAUUGAAAUCAACAUUUUCUUAGCUUCUUUCAGGAUAAUUAUAUGAAUUAGCAAUUUAUGGUUAAUCAACAAUGUUAAUAAAGCAAACAUGUAAUCAAAAUUUAGUAUAAUUGUUUAAAAAACAAUAAGAAGGAAUAUCAGUAGAUAUUUAUUGUAGUCAUUGUUAAAAAUUAAUAGAAAUGGUAUCUAAAAUAUUUAUAGAUUGCAAACAUACAUUUCAUAUUGAAUGUUCAUCAGAACAGCUUUGUAAGGGUUGUAUAAAUAAUAUUGGUAAUUUAAUAAAUAAGUUAUUAACUAUGUAUGCAAAUAGAAAGAGUACAAGAUUGUAAGUACCUAUACAAACUGUUGAAUCUUCACAAAAAAAGGCUGAAGAGACAAAUUAAAGGUAGAUUAGAAUAAAUAAAUUAAAAGAAUUUGAUUAUUUUAGAUAAAAUAAUAAAGGGUAUUGA